GGCAGGCGGAAGCGGCGGGCGGCCGAGGCAGCCACUUCCGGUGUGGAUCUGCGCGUGAUGCCGCUGCAUAAGGUGCCGCCGCGGUUGUGGGACUCGCUGCGCCUGCAGCGCGGCAUCCUCGCCCGGCUGCCGCCCCACUACCUGCGGGCCUUGCGCGAGGACGCCGCCGCGCCGCCCCCUGCCGUCCACUGGAGGCCGCCCGCUGGCGAGUACGUCCGCCGCCCGGGGCCCCUGGAGGGCGUGCGGCAGCAGGUGGUGCCGGUGCCCGUCUACUUCCCUCCCGAGAGCCAGGAGGGGCUGUGGGGCGGUGAGGGCUGGGUGGAGGGCUACCGCUACGCCCACGACGACAAGCUCUCGAGGCGGUUGAAGAAGGUCUGGAAGCCGCAGAUUUUCAAUCGCGAAUUCUACAGCGAGAUCCUAGACAAGAAAUUGAGAAUUGCUGUUACCAUGAGUACGCUGGAGCAGAUCGACAAAGCUUUUGGCUUUGACUUCUACAUCUUAAAGACCCCGAAGUCUGAGUUGUGUUCCAAAUUGGGCAUGGAUCUGAAGCGCACCUUGCUUUUGAGACUGGCACGCAAGGACUCUUCUCUCCACCCAGAUGAUCCAGCCAAGAGAGAGGCUGUUUAUAACAAAUACAAGGAGUUUGUCAUUCCAGAAGAAGAGGCUGAAUGGAUUGGACUGAGUUUGGAGGAAGCUGUGGAGAAGCAGAGAGUUCUGGAGAAGAAGGACCCUGUUCCCCUGUUCAGAGUUUAUGCAGAAGAACUUAUCCUACAACUUCAAAAACAGCAGAAGGCUUAACAAGGAAAAGUUAACUUGGGCUUUGAGAAUGUUCUGCUCUUUGGUUUCUCUCAUGCAUGUCAAAUACAGCAGGACUGAAUACCAAGAAGCUUUCUUAGGCCUAAUUAGUGAAUCAGAGGAAUGGAUUGAUAAAGGUCUUUCUUGUUAUUUGGCAUUUGGGAGAGCCAGCAAUCCUGAACUGCAUUAUCCCCUUUGUUCACUAUGCUUAUUACUCAGCACCAAUAAAGAAGACUGUUUCAUCUAAUGCCAA